UCUCUCUCUCUCUCUCUCUCUCUCGCUCUCUCUCUCUCUACAGUGAGCACUAGAGAAUAGAGAAAGCCAUUAACACAUUCUCAAUCUCCGAACCCAAAACCAAGAUGGAUGAUCCGACUCCGAAACUCCUCACCAUCUCCGACCUAAUACACCGUAAUCGUCCGAUCACCGCCACCUCAUCUCUCCACUCCCGCCUUCCCGGCCGUCCGAUCUCUCCCAAACCCAAACCCAAACCCAAACCUAAACCCCCAAAUCCCACCCAUUUAAACCCUAACCCUAAAACUCUCACUCCUCUCAACAACCCAGCCACCAUGAUCGGAACCCUAACCCUCCCAAUCAACACCUCUCCCUCAAAUCCAAACCCUAAUUUUCGAUGCCCCUACAACAAUAACAAUUGCCUCCAGUUCUCCGAUGAUUCGGCUUCGAUUUGCUGCGACGUUCUCGACCUCGAUGUUCGGAUCAUCGGCAAGAAAAUCCGCGUCCUCGCUUGGAAUUUCAUUCCCUUGAAGCGCGGCGGCUGGUUCUUGGAGAUUAUCAAAUGGAGUUUCCUCGAAUCGAGUGGGCUCGGGCUCGGUCGGUGUUCGAAUGUGGAUACAUUUCCAUUGGUUUCAGGUUCUUCAUCUACCACCACUGACGCUGAUCCCAAAGCUUGGUAUCGAAUUCACGGUGCUCUAGAGUUUAUUAGUCCUGUUUCUGUGGUUCCAUGCAAUAAAAGAGGUGUAAAUUCAAGUCUUCGAGGUUUUUUACUUCAAGUUAUCGCUUGUGAAUGUAAAUUAUGUAGUUCAAAGAGUUCUAAAUUGGGUUUGAAUGAUUCAAUUCGAGAACAUGAUACUCAUUCUUAUACAAAACCCGUGUUUGUGUACUUUUGUGGUUCUGCUUCAUUUUGGCAUCCUGUAAUUGUGAAACUUAUUGGGAAGAUUGUGAUGGUCUCGGGGUUGAAGAUGAAGUUGGUGUAUAUAGGAAAGAAUGAGUCUCGGUUGAUGUAUGUGACUACGGAGAAAUCUGCUUUGCAUUUGUCUAGAUUGUCUAAGAAAUGGGCACUGCGUGAAAAACGUGUGAUGGAGGGGAAAGGAGAAUGUGGUUCGUAUAAGGGCGUAAUUAGAGGUGUGUACAUGGAAGGGAUGGUUGUUGAGCUGGACAAUGAAGUGUGGCUUUUGUUGACUGAUCAUUUACUAACUCCACCGCAUAGUCUUAGGGUUGGCGCUCUUAUAUCCGUGAGAAAUGUUCAUUUUGUGAAUCCAAAAUUUUCUUGGAAGAAAAUGCUUAUACUGGGGGCUUGCUUCAAGACUAGCAUUGUUGUGGAAUCCUUCUCCCCAUUGGAAACUGGGAGUCAUGUAGUUUCACAAUUGCAAAGUAUGCUGGGGAAGUUUGUUGAGUCCCUAGUAUUUUCUGCCCGACUAUGGGUAUUACUUGUCAUUUCAUGCUUUGGGAAAAAGUUUUCUGGUAUGACAAAUGAGGAGAUUUUGGGAUCAAAACAUAAGGAAGGACUGGCUCAGGUCUAUGCUAGUUUACAUUUACCUCCGCCAGCGUUUCGAUCUCGGCAUGGAUUAUUCGUGGAAGUAUGUAAUCAUGACCAGUGUGGCUGUGGUAGUGAAGUGCAUUCUAAUAACCUCAAAUUGGUGAUGCCCAUAUCUAGUUUUAUCUGUCACUGUGAGGCCACAUGGAUGAGAAUGCUACAACGGGAAAAUGACUGUAAAAAUAUUUGUGAGAACAACCAAUUUAACCUUCAAUCUUGUGAAGGGAGAUUUUAUGGCCGAUCAAUCAAGAAAAUAAUUACAAGUGAAGAUAUGGGCAUUAGUUUGCUUGGAAGUCUAAAGAUUUCUCCCUCUUCUGGAAGAUUACAGUUGGUUGAUGCGACUGGUAACAUUGAUGUUCUUAUACCAGAUCUUCCAUCAACCUGGAAUACCCACAGCAUAUAUGAGGUAAUUGACUAUAGUCUUAUUAUUGAAGGUGAACCUCAUUUGAUAGAUCAUUUGGGUUUGCUUGAUAAUGAGUCAGUCUCAUGCAGAAGUAUAUUUCAGUGCAUCCCACUGGCAAGAGAUAUAAACCUAGCAGUCUAUAUUUAUUUUCAUUUGAGGGAUGCAACCUGCAGAAAUCUUCCCUUUUAUCCUUGUAUUGACAAAAAGGAUGAUUUUGAGAAACUUGAAGGUGGAGCGUUUCAUCUACUUCGCGUAACACACAAAUUUCCUGUGUUGCACAAGCUUAAUGGUGAUAUGGCUGUAUCAAACACGUCAAGUCUAUUUGUUGAGGCCAUAAUUUUGCCUUGGGAUUUAUUUCUCAACGGGGAUGGGCUUCCAACAAAGGUUUCAACGGAACAGCUGGAGGAACCCAUGGAAUGUUGUGCUGGUGAAAAUUACCAGGAGCAUGCUUCUCUCAAGAGACGUAAAAUUGAUCUUGCAUCAAUCAAAGCAUUGAGUGCAGGUGUAAUGUAUGAUUGCAGCAAACCUGACCAUGGACUGAGUUCUUGUUCUAAUUCUUAUGCUCAAUUCAAUGAGGAGCUGAUGUCUUGCAACUUGAGUUCUUACCAAAAAAUUUCUUGUUUGAUCACUGUUAGAGGUGUUAACUGUAAUAGCAUGGUUAGUUCAGGUACCUUGCAGUGCACAAGUUCCAGUUUAAAUGGUGGUGGUGGUUGCAGACCAAGUGCACGAAAGGUAUUGCUGGAGAUCAAGUCUGAAAGUUUUUUCAAGUAUCAGUUUUUGCAGAUUGGUGGUUAUUACAUCACAAAACAUCAUGGAGAUGAUUCUUUUUGUAAAAAGGGUUCUGGUUACGUCAGUGAUGUUAAAGUUCUUCUUAAUUCUGGAAUACAUAUGUGGAGCCUUUCAUAUGCUUUUGAUGAGGUUUUUCCUGAUAGUAAUUCAUCUGACCACCGGGUAUUCAGUAGUUCUUCUUUCAGCAAUAAUGAGGCUCUCUCUGCAAAUAAACUUGAACACCUCCAGGUUUUUACAGAAAAUUCUCCUAGCACUUGUUCAGAUGUUCAUAUUAUUUUCCCUGCAAACGUAAGAGAUAUCUUGGAGGCAAAUCUUGGGGGUUUGGAAGAUGGCCUGGUCAAACCAAUUGUGCCACCUAAAGAAAUCACUAAUGAUUCUCUGUCUAUGGCGUCCACUGAUUGUAGUUGCCUAUUUCCUGAGGGAAAUUUAUCAUCUUUACGGGGGCAGGUGGUUUCCUUUUAUAGCAUGGACCAUAGUUCCAUUGAUGCACAUCUGAGCUGUGAAAGCCUCGGUGAUAUUCUCCAGACAAGAUUCUUUCAGGGAGUUAUAAGAAGUUUUUGUAUUCAUGUUUUGGUUGACCAUCACAUUGUGAGGAUCUGUGGUUCCCUAAAUAAACGCGCUAUUCCUAUUGGAUUUGGACCUGGAGCAUAUGCAACAUUCCAUCGAAUUCUUGACAGGGGGGGAAAGAAUAGCUUUAUGUUGACACCUGUAACAUUUAUUGUAAUAAACUCCAUCAGUGCAGUCAGUGAACCCUACAAUGACAAAAAUAUCAAUUCUUGGCCUGCUUCAGAUGUGCACAAUGAUGCUGCUCCAGAUACUGUUUCUUCAGGACUGAUUUCUGAUUUGAUUCAAAGAGUGGAUUGCAAGCCAAUGAGGUUUCGUUGCAGGGUUGUUGCUAUCCAUACACUGGUUCUGGAGAAGAGGAGGAAUGUAAAAUAUGAUGAUUUACAAUCAAAAGAUACCUCUAGGACACCCUUUGUUGACAUCCCAUUUGCUGGUUUUGUUUUGGAUGAUGGGUCAUCCUCUUCUUUUUGCUGGGCCAACGCUGAAAGAGCAGCAACCUUGCUGAGGCUGCAUGAAAAACUCCCACGGGGAGCUUUUGAAAACAGUGGCUGGACUUCAAAGUGGGCUCAGAUAGAUGACAAUGCCUGUAGCACAAUCAUUUAUCAUAUUGAGAGAAUAAUCAGGAACCAUGAUAGAAUUACAGUGAAGAAUCAUGGGUCAAUGUUUGAUUCUUCUUAUCAAGACCUUGCUGUUUCUGUCAGUUCAGAUAAUGCCCUCAGUUGCUCAGAUGAGAACCUCCUUAAGUUCAUAAUCUUCAAUGCUUGCUUUGGCACAUUCUGGAAUGUUGUUGCAAGCGUGAUGGAUUCAAGUACUGUUAGGCAAUUGGGGAAAGAACACCUUUCAGGAAUGGGGCCGACCGUGCAUGCCAUACAAAACAUAUGGGCUAUGGAAGUUUGUUACUCAAACCCACUUACUGAUGGCAGGUAUUUGAUCCAAGAACUGCUUAAUAGAUAAUUGUUUUAUGGCCUAUGUGUUUGUUCACAGUUGGUCUCAAGCCCACACAAAGGUGGAGGGUUGCGGUAGGUUGAUGGCAAAUGUAAAAUUUAGUUACUUUUCAAGAAUGUAUCAUAUUGUUGAAAAGUCUUGGGAUUAAGGAUUUGUUGUUAGUAGCCAACUAUAGGUUGCAGGGUCUUUUUUUUAAAAGGAGGUAGAAAACCAUAUAUGUUGAAAUAUAAAAUCAAUGUCUAACUA